AUGUUUGGCGGCGUCAACAAUUCCUACGGGAAGCCUGGUGCUACUUACAGCCCUGGAGCUGGAAAGAACGAUAGCUAUCAGAGCCCAAACCGUUAUUCAGCAGCAUCAAACGGAUCUCACAACACGGGCAGCGGUAUGGCUAGACCGCCAGCUGCAGCGUUCAGCUCCAACUACCUUCGCGAGCAGGGUUCCCACCAGUCCCUACAAGACCACCUGCAGAAGGAAGUGCCGAUGCGCGGAACUUCGCCGAUACAUGGCGGGUUCACUGAUGUCCCGAACCUGAACUACCCCUCUACACCAACCAACAGCACCGGGUUUUUAUCCGCACAGAAUCCACCCGUGCUCAGCACUCCGCCUACGAGCAACUUUGGUACCGCACAGAGCACUUACAACCACAACAACAACUCACAGAGCAACUUACGCAACAACGUAUUCUCGAACCCUCAUGUUUCACCAGGCCAGUACUCCCUAGGGUCUGACUACGGUGCGGAAAGUCACACAUUGCAAAGCCCUCACGCUCAGCAGCAAUUCACACCCGUUCCGCCCGCGCAGAGCAGUCCGGUUAGGAGUUUGAGAGGGGUUACACAGCCACAACCUCUAAUGGACCAACAGCAGCGCCCCCAGAACCCUGCCAACCCGGUUUCAAAUUACAUGUACUUUGAAAGACGGCCUGAUCUGUUGUCAAAGUCCACUCAGGACAAGGCUGCCACCGUGAAGCUAAAGAUCGAGAACUUCUAUCAAUCAUCCGUGAAUUAUGCCAUAGAGCGGAACCAGAGAAGAGUGGAGCUCGAGUCGCAGCUAGUCUCUCAGGACUGGUCGGACGAGCGCAAGAGCAGACAGCUGUCAACUCUGGGCAAGAAAGAGUCGCAGUUUCUGAGACUGCGUCGGACUCGUCUGUCGUUGGAAGAUUUCCAGACCGUCAAAGUUAUCGGUAAGGGUGCUUUCGGUGAAGUUAGACUUGUGCAGAAGCGAGACACGGGCAAAAUUUACGCCAUGAAGACGCUUUUGAAGUCGGAGAUGUACAAGAAGGACCAACUCGCACACGUCAAAGCGGAGAGAGAUGUUUUGGCAGGAAGCGACUCGCCGUGGGUGGUGUCUCUAUACUACUCUUUCCAGGACACGCAGUACCUGUACCUGAUUAUGGAGUUCUUGCCCGGUGGUGACCUCAUGACUAUGCUGAUCCGGUGGCAGAUCUUCACCGAGGAUGUGACGCGGUUUUACAUGGCCGAGUGUAUCCUCGCCAUCGAGGCUAUUCACAAGCUGGGUUUCAUCCACAGAGACAUCAAGCCUGAUAAUAUUCUGAUUGACAUACGAGGACACAUCAAGCUCUCUGACUUUGGGUUGUCUACCGGCUUCCACAAAACCCACGACUCAAACUAUUACAAAAAGCUGCUACAGCAGGACGAAGUCAACGCGGCUUCAGGGAACCUGCAGAAGCCUCAGAUGGGAAUUGCGGCCGGCAACGACACCAGCAACGGCAGCAACCGGAACACCAUGUUCGUGGACGCCAUCCAUCUGACGAUGACUAACAGGCAGCAGAUUCAGACCUGGAGAAAGUCGCGUCGUUUGAUGGCGUACUCCACUGUAGGUACGCCGGAUUACAUUGCGCCGGAAAUCUUCCUUUACCAGGGAUACGGGCAGGAGUGUGACUGGUGGUCUCUGGGAGCAAUCAUGUACGAAUGUUUGAUCGGGUGGCCUCCAUUCUGCUCGGAAACGCCGCAAGAGACAUACAGGAAGAUCAUGAAUUUCGAACAGGCACUGCAAUUCCCCGACGACAUCCACAUCUCCUACGAGGCUGAAGACCUUAUUCGCAGGCUCUUGACCCACGCAGACCAGAGGCUGGGUCGGCACGGGGGCGCAGAUGAAAUAAAGAACCAUCCAUUUUUCCGCGGCGUCGACUGGAACACUAUUAGACAAGUUGAGGCGCCUUACAUUCCAAAAUUAAGCAGUAUCACGGAUACAAGGUUCUUCCCUACUGACGAGCUGGAAAAUGUGCCAGACAGUCCUGCGAUGGCCCAAGCUGCUAGACAGCGCGAGCAAAUGAUGAAGCAAGGCGUCACUGGGUCUGCCAGCAAAGAGGAUUUGCCGUUCAUUGGCUACACCUACUCGAGGUUCGACUAUCUGACCAGAAAAAAUGCAUUGUAG